AUGGCACCACCUGUAGUGGGUGCCAGGAUAGCAGCCCCUGGUGAUCCCAGAAUAGAAGAGAUUAUGCAGGUGCUUGAGGCCAUGAGAGAUGUCAUGGCACAGCAAACUCUGAAUCAAGUUGCUGCUGCUGCACCUGUCGCCGCACCUAUUAUUGCACCUACCGAAGUUCAAGCUGAGAACAUUGUGGCACGGAGAGAAAGGCCGAUCCACAAGCUGGUGGAACAAUUCUUGAGGUUGAAUCCUCCUCAGUUCACUGGGUCAGGAGACCCCGAAGCUGCUGCUUUGUGGAUUCAAAAACUAGAAAAGACUUUUUCACUACUGAUGUGCAAUGAAACGGAAAAGGUAAUCCUUGCAACUUACCAAUUGGAGGGAGUUGCAAAUACUUGGUGGAGAACCACACAGGGAGCAGUGUUCCCAGAAGGUGUAGUCUUGGAGUGGAACGCCUUCCUUGAGGCUUUCAAUGACAAAUACUUUUCAGAGACUGCCUGGGAGAUGAAGAUGGCAGAGUUUCAACGUCUUCUCCAAGGCUCAAUGGCUGUAGAUCAAUGUGAGGUGAAGUUCGCUCAACUUUCACAAUAUGCUCCUGAGCUAAUUGAGAAUUCGGCAAACUGA